AUCAAGAUCAUGUGACCUUUGUGUAACUAUGGCAACCCCGUCAGCCGAGGUGAAAAGGGUGCGGUUUUCCGUGGACGAUGACCCGAGAAACGACGAAGAUGCUGUGGAGGGGCAAUGGGACUUUUUGAAGUACCUGUUGACGUUACGCGAAGAAUUCAACGUCAGUAGCGUCGUGGACGCUUUGGUUCAGAAGGGGAUAAUAAGCGCGGACGCCGGAACUGACGUCAUGCGCCAGGGGAACUCCCGGGCUCAGAUAGAGCUGUGUGUUCAUGAAGUAAUGAAAGGCGGGGCACCAGCAUAUACGACGCUCUGUGAGACACUCCAAGAGCAGGGAUACAAUAACAUCGUCGAAGCGCUCAGGGGCGAAGGCAGUGUCGGUGCGCUCAUGCCCGAACUUUCGGAUGUUUCUGGAAACAUCACACCAAGGGUGUUGCAACAACAGCACUGGUCCCAGCGGGACUCUAUCGUGCCGGACGGCUUCAGUGUCAAGGGGAAGAAAAUGGCCCUGAGCGCCAUAUCACGUGAAGCCAAAGCCUCCCAACGAGAAUUCUCGAUAAUCGUCGAGAGGCAACAGGAACUGGAGAAACAGCUGGUCCAGGUGAUGAAAUCUCUGGACACCGCGAAGGACAUGCUUAUUCGCGAACGACAGGAAAAACUCAGUCUUAGAGAGCAACUGAAAAGCCGUGACGAGGAAUUGGUCGGAGUGCAGCGGAAAUAUCUGGAAUUGCAGAAGGCAAUGUCCAGUUUGCGUGAGACGAAUAAUAAGUACCACGAAAAAGUCACAAAGCUACAGAUAGAGAACGAGCAGCUGAGAAAAGGUGUCAGAGAAAGGAACGAUAUCGAGAACGAGUUGAAAGCUCGCAAUACGGAGAUCGUUAAGUUGAAAGAGGAACUUAGUGAACAAGAGGAGAAGAUGAAAACGCAGGAGGAGCAAAUAGUGAAAAAGCUCGCGAUGAUUGAACGUGUAGUGACUGAGCACAGGGGACUGAUCGACGGCCAGGAGAAGCUGACACAGAAGAUGUCGCUGCAGGCAAAUGAAAUAGAGCGGUUGUCGGAGGAGAAAGCGGAAGCCGCCCAUCAAAUGGCGGCUCAGCAGCGGCAGUUGAACUUUCAGCACGCGCAGAUUGUGAUGCUGCAGGAACAGAUGCAGCGGCUUGAGAGCAACUUUGGGGGCGCUUCCGGUGCGCUGGGAGGCACGUUUGGUGGCACUUCAUCGCGUGCAGAGAGCCUACCUCCGAUCUCACAUCCAAGCACGCCGGGGACGGACAGUCGCGGCAGCCGCUAUAUCGCCUCCCUAUCACGUGGUCUCAACUUGAACAAGCCUUUCAACACACAGGGGAAGCUGGAGAACUCGAAAAACUUGCUAUGGCGUGGGGAAUUGAACCCGAAGAAGGGAAAAUAGCAAGGCUGUGGGAAGUUAUAUUCAUUUCAUAUGAUAAAUCUUUACUCAACAUCAUUUUGUAAUCUUAUCACAAAUGAUUUCCUUUCAUCUUCACUGCUUCGAUUUUAAGUGAUAAUUUUCUUUUCACCGUCAUUGAAACUAAAUCAUGGUAUAGCAAUAGUUAUUCCUUUAUUCACCUAUCAUCAUUGGUGAUUGUUUUUAAGGCUGAGUCAUUGGUAUUAGUUUAAACCAAUCGAUACCGUUGCUCAAAAUGAAAUAAGGGAGGUAACUAGAACAUGGAUGGAAAAAUAGUAACAGGGAGGUAAUAUAAAGCGACUGUAACAACGUGAUUUUAUUACAAUGGGCAGCUUGAAAUCAUAAGAGACUGAUACAUACAUAUUUGGCUAGUUAUAAUCUUUCUUUUAUUACACAAACCAAACCAAACAUAAACUUAUGACAGUCCGGUUUUAAAAUCAAUACCAUGCGCAUCAUCCAUAUCAUUAAAUAGUGGUCGCAUGAUUGUUCUUCGAUUAAUUUACAAACCGCACAUUUGUUUAAAGCAUAUGAAAUUUACGCUUACACCGGCAUUUUCAAACGCGGCCGAAAUAUCUACAAGUAAGCUUCUGAUUAACGUUCAUGUCAAAUGUGAAAUACAUUUUUUCUUGAACGAUAAUUGUUUAAUCAUUGUAGUUAUUUUUUGCAAAAUAAAAAAAAAUGCUAUGUUACUA